AUGGCGGAAGGACCGCAAACGAUAUGGCAGAAGGUCGACAACUCCACUAUACCCGUAAUAAACCUCGAGGUGCGGGAGGUACGCGAGGUAUUAUGGGAGAAAAUAAAGGAACCGACGUCACAAAGGAAAAUUAUUUUAGUAAUCGUGUGCAUUGCUCUACUGCUAGACAACAUGUUAUACAUGGUGAUUGUGCCGAUCAUACCGGACUACUUGCGGUACAUCGGUGCUUGGGGCGAGGCUGGCACUGACCACGUUGUUACGCUAGCUCCGUACAAAGAAGGCAAUAUAACCAUAACACCAACAAUGAUAAUUCCUGCAUCGCAUGAAGGCCAAGAUUCGGCAACUGGUAUCUUAUUUGCAUCUAAAGCAAUAGUCCAGCUUAUGAUAAAUCCUUUUUCUGGUGCCUUAAUUGACCGCAUUGGAUACGAUAUACCUAUGAUGAUCGGACUUAUUAUUAUGUUUCUUUCUACAUCGAUUUUUGCGUGUGGACGAAGCUACAGCAUGUUGUUCUUCGCGAGGAGUCUUCAAGGCGUCGGAUCUGCAUUUGCUGAUACAGCCGGUUUAGCUAUGAUUGCUGAUAGAUUCACCGAAGAGGCCGAGAGAUCUAAGGCUCUUGGCAUUGCUCUUGCAUUUAUUAGCUUCGGUUGUCUCGUGGCACCUCCUUUUGGCGGCGCUUUAUACCAGUUCGCAGGAAAGGAAGUUCCGUUUUUAAUCCUUGCGCUUAUUUCGUUGAUGGACGGUUUCAUGUUACUGCUUGUAAUGAAGCCAUUAAAGACACAGAUGAAGGAGGCAAACGAGCCAAAACCUAACGGCACACCGAUCUGGAAGCUUCUUAUGGAUCCCUAUAUAGCCGUCUGUGCUGGAGCUCUGAUGAUGUCUAACGUAGCACUCGCGUUUUUGGAGCCAACUAUUUCCCUUUGGAUGGAAGACAACCUCACUAAGGAGAAUUGGAAAAUUGGUAUGAUAUGGCUACCGGCGUUCUUCCCUCACGUUCUCGGAGUGAUAAUUACAGUUAAAAUGGCAAGAAAAUAUCCUCAGCAGCAAUGGUUGAUGGCAGCGGGGGGACUUGCACUAGAAGGCUUGUGUUGUUUUAUUAUACCCUUUGCAAGUUCUUACAAGAUGUUGAUGAUACCCAUUUGCGGCAUCUGUUUUGGUAUAGCUUUAAUAGACACCGCCCUGCUUCCCACUUUGGGUUACCUGGUUGAUGUGAGGUACGUUUCUGUGUACGGAAGUAUUUACGCUAUCGCUGAUAUAUCUUAUUCAUUCGCCUACGCAGUCGGCCCAAUUAUAGCUGGCGAAGUUGUCGAAGCGAUUGGCUUCACAGCAUUGAACCUUCUCAUUGCCUUUAGCAACUUGCUCUACGCGCCUAUGCUGAUGUACCUCAGGCAUAUUUACGAUUUCAAACCAUUUGAGAAUGAGGCCAACAUCCUUAUGUCAGAUCCGCCGGAAAAGGAGUACCAGACCUACAGCAUGCAAGACCAAAAACCUGUGAACGGAGAGUUUAAAAACCAUUUAGAGUAUUCUAAUGUGGCUGGUCAGGCUGGCACCGUUCAGGAGUCGAAUGUUGAUAUGAAUGCGGGGGCAGAUCAGUAUCAGGGCAGCUAUCAGAAUUAUAGUCAAGGUUAUGAUCAGCAACAGAAUUUCCAGCGUCAAGAGGGUUACACACCAGCAAGGCAAUUACCGGCCCAGCCGCAGCCACCACCCAGCAAUCCCUUCCGGGCUGCAGCAUCGCCAGCCCAUCCCGCUCCGGCCGCCGCACCCACGCCUGCCCCCGCACCGGUCAAAAAUCCUUUCCGACAAGGCUUCUAG